AUGCCUGACAGGAUCAUUAUUACUUUUGAACCCGAAAGGCCCGGACACUAUGGGGGCCCAGCUACUUUGUUUGUCAUCCCUCGUUAUUCCACUCGCGGUGCGCUCAUGCCAUGGUACACCAGUUUACCCAGUUCUAGUGCAAUUGCUAGUGCGUUCCCACCUCAAGCUCCAGGUGCAAAUGCCAUCCACCCCGACGACAUCAUACUCCCUGAGCCUGUUGUGUACGCCUCCAAUGACGGAACGAUGUUUGGCGUAACCAAUAUUCAACUUCACCCCCAUGAGCGCGAGGUAUUGCUGCACUCCGAUAAUGUUAACCAGUACGUGAUUCGUAUACGCCCGCGAAACGUUCCUGAACCUGAAGUUCCUCUCAACCAAGCCCCAGAUAGCGGCCCUAUCAAUAAUGUUCCGGACAUUAGCGACAACGAAACGACGUAUCACAGUCCCGAUAUGCGACCCCAACAUGACGGCAAUAACCAAUAG